AUGUCGUCUGUUACUGAAAAUGGAGAUGUUACUGCUGGAAAGCCAAAUGAAGAGAAAACAUAUAAAAAGACUGCAUCCUCAGCUAUUAAAGGUGCUAUCCAGCUGGGAAUAGGAUACACAGUAGGAAACCUUACAUCAAAACCAGACAGAGAUGUUCUUAUGCAAGACUUCUAUGUAGUGGAAAGUGUCUUCCUACCAAGUGAAGGGAGCAAUCUCACCCCUGCUCAUCAUUACCCUGACUUCAGAUUUAAGACGUAUGCACCUCUUGCCUUCCGCUAUUUCAGAGAACUUUUUGGUAUCAAGCCUGAUGAUUACUUGUACUCAAUCUGCAGUGAGCCUUUAAUUGAAUUAUCCAACCCGGGUGCCAGUGGGUCCUUAUUUUUUGUAACUAGUGAUGACGAGUUCAUCAUCAAAACAGUUCAACACAAAGAGGCUGAGUUUCUUCAGAAGCUCUUGCCAGGUUAUUAUAUGAAUCUUAACCAGAAUCCAAGGACUCUUCUACCCAAAUUUUAUGGGCUGUACUGUGUUCAGUCAGGAGGCAUUAAUAUUAGAAUUGUUGUGAUGAACAAUGUUUUGCCACGAGCCUUGAAAAUGCAUUUCACGUAUGACUUGAAAGGCUCCACGUACAAACGGAGAGCAUCAAGAAAAGAGAGAGAGAAGCCCAACCCCACAUUCAAAGACUUGGAUUUCUUGCAAGAUAUGCACGAAGGGUUAUAUUUUGACUCGGAAACACACAGUGCACUAAUGAAAACACUACAGCGGGAUUGUCGAGUUCUAGAGAGUUUUAAGAUUAUGGAUUACAGUCUGCUACUGGGGAUCCACAUACUGAACAGUAACAUGAAGGAAAAAGAAGGAGAGAAUUCUCAGAGUGCAUCAGAUGCAAAACGUAUGGGAGGGCAGAAGGUUCUGUAUUCCACAGCCAUGGAGUCCAUUCAGGGCCCUGGGAAGUCAGGGGACUCGGUCUCCACAGAGACAGCAAACACAAUGGGAGGUAUUCCAGCUAAAAGCCAUAAAGGAGAAAAGCUGCUUCUAUUCAUGGGUAUUAUCGAUAUUCUCCAGUCAUAUAGGCUAAUGAAGAAGCUGGAACAUUCUUGGAAAGCUCUUGUUUAUGAUGGGGACACUGUUUCAGUUCACCGACCAAGUUUUUAUGCAGACAGAUUUUUAAAGUUUAUGAGUACAAGAGUUUUCAAGAAAGUUCAAGCUUUGAAGUCUUCACCUUCAAAGAAAAGGUGCAAUUCCAUCACAGCCCUAAAGGCAGCAUCACAAGAAAUAGUGUGUGCCGUCAGCCAGGAGUGGAAGGAUGAAAAGCAUGGCAUUCUUGCCGAAGGACAAAGCUACGCCAGCCUUGAUGAAGAAGUACUAGGUUCACGCCACCGGCCAGAUCUAGUGCCAAGCACUACAUCUCUGUUUGAAGCAGCUUCCUUGGCAACCACAAUUUCUUCUUCUUCCUUGAAUGCAGAUGAGCCUUAUCAACGUGAUCAACCUAUGCUCUAUUCUAGCAGGAAAGGGUUGCCUUCGAGUUCAACCUUUACUUUAGAAGACAGUGCCAUCUAUUUGACUUCAGAACAGAGCACACUGGAAAUGGAAAAUGAUAAUGCUUCUGUUUUGGAUGUCUACUUA